UCCGUGCAACAAAUUUAUUUUUGCUCUCGCUAUAUUAACAAUUUGCUGUUCCGGCAAAACUUUUCUCCGUGCGCGAACGUUUCGAAAGAGCCUGCUUGUGAAAUUCUGAAAACGCACUUUUUAACAUAGACAUAAUUUUCGAAUGAAGUAUUUGCAAUAGAGAUUGUGUUCAACCUCCAACCUCGUUUACAGCUGGUGCUCGCUAUAGUCAUCGUGCUUCAUUAGUAACCGGCGGUAAGUAUUAUAUCGAUUACUGAUAACAGCCAUCAAUUAGACACUCGUGUUAUCAAUAACGCCAGCUUUCUUUCUAUUCACAGAUAACCAAGAUAACAAGAGAGCUUCGGUCAACUUAAGUUAAACAAUCAUCACUUCUGUUUUCCGCCGACGUAACAUAAUACGUAUCGACAAUAAAUUUCAGCCUAAGUAAAUUAACCCCUUAACGCACAGUUUUUUUGAAAAAAACCGGCCAAAAAUAUCAAUUUUUUUAUGUAAGAAAAUUUUUUUUCUUUGCUUUCACAUUGUUAUUUUCAAUUCUCGAUUAUAUUCGAGUGUGAAAAAUUACAGCAGCAUAAAAUACAACGCCGCUUGAAUUAUCUCGAAUGUGCACAGUUUGGCCUGUUUAGCGCGCUCGAAUUAACUCGAGCGUACAAGUUAAGGGGUUAAUCACCGAGUAUUUGCUCCUCGUGUCGACACCGAUAAUCACUGACAAAAUUACCGACUUCGACUUCACCUCCAGAUUCGCGACUUUUUCCUUCUCUCACGUGCACAUGUACGUCACACCGCAGUCGCGCCUCGGGCGGCUAGUCAGCUGACUCGGGUCGUUGUCAAGCAUCGAGCGUGCGUAAGACGCCCUUGUGACGCGUAUAGGAGACGUUUGACAGGCGAACGCAGUGCGGAACGGAAGAGCGCGCAGAACGCCGCGACGUUCGCCUUUCGCGAACUGGUGGGGAUAGCCGGCUGAGAAAGAGAAACACGGGUGUCAAAGUUUGCGAUGCGGAGGUCUUAUCGACGACCAAUCCGCUGCUCGUAUCUCCAAGCGGGGAGCCGGAAUUCGUGGCGAUCAGAAGGUUGUGCAUUAUCAUAAGUUGAUUGCGGAGCAACGCAGCUAUGGUAGAAAACGAAAGAAAUAACAUGCAGAACGGAUUAAUCGGCAAUGGAAUUAACGGAAAAAGCUCGACGGUGCGCCUGCAGAUCGUCCCGGCGCAGCCCAAAACGAUCACGCACCUGCCAAAGAGGCCACCGGUCGACUUGGCGUUCAGUGACCUCACAUACAAGGUGCGAGAAGGCCGCAGAAACAAUGUGAAGACGAUCCUCAAAUCCGUCAGCGGCAGGCUGAAGUCUGGCGAAUUGACGGCUAUUAUGGGCCCUUCAGGCGCCGGAAAGUCUACGCUGCUGAACAUCCUCACCGGAUACAAGACAUCAGGCAUGGAAGGCUUGAUCACGAUAAAUGGCCACGAAAGAGACCUCAGUGCCUUCAGGAAGCUUUCCUGCUACAUCAUGCAGGAUAAUCAACUUCAUGCGAAUCUAACGGUGACGGAAGCCAUGAAGGUUGCGGCGAGUCUUAAGCUUGGUUCACACAUGGACAAAGCAGAGAAAGAAGAAGUGAUCCAAGAAAUCCUUGAAACUCUCGGCCUGUCUGAGCACCGUCGUACCAUGACCUCGAACCUGAGUGGUGGUCAGAAGAAGAGGCUCUCCAUCGCCCUCGAGUUAGUCAACAACCCCCCUAUAAUGUUUUUCGACGAGCCAACUAGCGGCCUGGACUCCUCGUCUUGCUUCCAAUGCAUCUCGUUAUUGAAGACUCUUGCACGUGGCGGCAGAACGAUAGUCUGUACCAUUCAUCAACCGAGUGCGAGACUCUUCGAGAUGUUCGAUUCUCUUUACACUUUGGCCGAGGGUCAAUGCGUCUAUCAGGGCUCCACGUCGCAACUGGUGCCGUUCUUAAGGGCAAUUGGCCUUAAUUGUCCGAGCUACCAUAACCCGGCGUCAUUUAUCAUCGAAGUCUCAUGUGGCGAGUACGGCGACAAUAUCAAGAAUCUGGUGAACGCUAUAAACAACGGCAAAUACAAUAUACGGGAGGGACACCCGUUUCCCGAAUUGAAGGAUGGAAUGAACAAUUGCACCACCGCGACCGGUAUCCUGAAGAGCGUCGACGGCAUGGAGAAGGGUAUGAUAAAAGAUAAGAACGACGUGAGCAACCUGGAGGAGAAGUAUCCGGAAAACAAGUCGAGCGAAAUUAGCAAUGGGAAGCUUAUUUCUAGCUACGCCACAAAUGACAUCGCUAAACAAGCGAUGGACGUCGCGAUACCGGUUGACGCGGACAAGAAGGAAAACGCCAACGUGGCAUUGCUCGAGGACUCCAUCGCGGUGGCGCCGGAGAGAUAUCCUACUUCGGAAUGGAUGCAGUUCUACAUCAUCCUGAGUCGUGCUUUGCUCUUCAGUCGCAGAGAUUGGGUGGGUAUUUGAAAAAAAAAAACUGAGAAGCUCGUCUCUUGACUGUUGUAUAGUCUGUCUAAUAAGAACUUGACUGAGCAAACUUGCAUGUUUGAAAACUGUUAUACCGAAAACUUUGAAACGAACAAAUAGAAAGAGUCUUCCCCUACGACAUGUUAUACGAAGGUUUCGUCUAGUCAUCGUCUGAUUUUCGCUAAAGAAUGACGUAUUUAACGAUGAGUAUCAAAAUGCAAGGUAGACCCAGGCGAGUCGGAUUAAUAUCAGUUUUGAGACAGUUAAUUUUUUGUUUCAAUUGAGUACGGAG